UUUAAUUACGGACAUUACGGCCAGUCGAGGGAAGUUUUUAGUUUGAUUCUAAAGUAGUCUCGGAACAGACUAUGGAGAAGUUAUCGUCUCACAUUUUGGAAGAUGACUUCAUCAAAAUAUUUGAACCAAUCCACUGGGUACAGUAUUUAGCGGGUUUCCAUCGGGUCAAAAUAGAACAUAAAUACGUUACAGCUCCAUCUCUAUACUAUCAGAUCUACAGCUCUGUUGUAUGGGCACUUAAUAUUAUAUUUGCCAUUUACUUUGAGUUAAACUGCGAGAUUAAACUUGAAGGUAUUUCAACCGUACAUACGUUGCAAAUUGGCGAGUUUAUCAUCGUAAUGAUAAAUGCCGUUAUUGCCUUUCGAAAUAACUUCAGCGACGGUACUUUGAAUAGCCAAAUUUAUGUAAAGUUGCAAAAAAUUGACCGUGUAGUCAAAAUGCACGCAGCAGUAAACUAUAAUCGGAAAAUGUAUUUAUUUUCUGCUUUAUUAGCUAUAGUUAUCCCCGUCUUUUGGUGCAUAGGCAUAUACAAAUUUAAUACAACAUUCAUGGUCAGCGUAUGCCCUUCGCUUUUCUUUGUCCAAUUUUCGACUGUGGCAUCGUAUAUGGAAAAUGUAUUAGCGGCAACAAUCCUAUUUCUCUUGGCGAACAGAUUAAACUAUGCCAAUGUUACUUUGGAAAAAGAAGCUAAGAGAUUAAGGGGUGCAAAUAUAUCGUUGGUGGCUUCCCAAUAUUAUCGCGACAAAGAACAGGACCAGGGCAAACUCGUAUUUGCUAUACAUUACAUUUUGGACUCUUGGGCGGAUUGCAUUCGAUUAUUCCAGUUUCAGGUAGGUAAAUAUCUAGAAGUAGGUAGUAUUUUGUAG